CCCCACCACCACCACCACCACCUCCACCUCCUCCUCCUACCCCUCCACCAACACCACCACCACCACCGACGACGUCAGUGUGUUUGUGCUCGUCUGGGGAAGAUGGCGGAGGCUGCGGCUGUUCCCCCGCAUCGGUUUUUCUGUCACUGUUGUAAGGGGGAAGUAAACCCCAAACUCCCGGAGUAUAUCUGUCCAAGAUGUGAUUCAGGUUUCAUAGAGGAAGUAACAGAAGACUCCAGUCUCCUAGAGGGUGGCUCUAACGGGAUAGAUGACACAGCCACACAGUUUGCAGAGCUAUGGCACCUCUUGUUACUGGAGCGGCCUUUCACAACAGACCAUGACACGGCCGACUCAGAACCUCGGCUCCCUCGAGCACGCCUGGGAGGUUUCGGUGAUCUGGGGGGCUUGGGAGGAGGACCAAUCGGGGGGUCUGUCCCAGCGGGCCUCGGAGGACCAAUGGGGGGCCUACUAGGAGCGGGGGAUCAUUGGGGACCUGGACGUCCGCCUCGUCUGCACAAUCAGAGGAGAUACCGGUCUAGAGGCACCAGUAGACCAGAUCGCUCACCCGCUGUGGAGGGGAUUGUACAGCAGUUUCUUGCCGGUCUCUUUGCCAACUCUGGAGUCCCCGGCUCACCUCCCCUGUCGUGGACAGGGAUGCUGCACUCUAACCCAGGGGAUUACGCGUGGGGGCAGGGAGGGUUAGACGCUGUGAUAACACAGUUACUAGGUCAGCUGGAGAACACAGGACCUCCUCCAGCAGAGAAAGAGAAGAUCUCUUCUCUUCCAACGGUCAAUAUCUCUCAGGAACAAGCAGACUGCUGUAUGGAAUGUCCAGUGUGCAAAGAGGACUUCGCAGUCGGAGAGCCAGUCAGACAGUUACCCUGUAACCACUUCUUUCAUUCAGACUGUAUAGUACCAUGGCUGGAAAUGCAUGACACAUGUCCAGUGUGUAGGAAGAGUUUGAACGGAGAAGACAGCAGCAGCCAGCCCUCGUCAGAGUCCCCCUCCCUCUCUAUGGACCCCCGCACACAGGAGAGAUGGUCCUUCUGAGACACCCACCUGUCUCGUCCCUCGGCUCCCUUCGCCUACAUCCAGCACCGCACUGGGAAGACAAAACGCUUCUCACUCUGCUCAUCUCUUUUGCAGUCAUAACCAUCUCAGUCUGACUUUUUGUAUUUUUGUUUUAAUGCCUUUAUCCUCAACCGUGCAACCAUACAAACGUCUUAAUCCUUUUCUUUUCUUUUUUUACCUAAUAACAAACCAGCCUAGACUGAUGCUCAUCCGUUGUUUUCUCUACUUCCACCCCCAGGCAAACUCUUUGUACAUCUUUCUUUAAAUGCACUGCUGUAAAACACUAUGGUGGAGAAAUGCCACACUUAACUCAUCCUAAGAUUUGCUAAAUCCUGCAACUGAGCCCCGUUAGGAUGACUGUAGGGGAUACUUUCACUCUUGGCAUUGACAGAAGCGGGACGUGGCAUGAACACCUCUACCCCUGGAAUAAAUGGUCUGAUUAUGAAGGGUGUUCUUUUUCUGUACAGAUUGUGUCAGGAAGGUGUUGAUUGAAUUCUGUUGAUAUAUUAUGGUAGUGUUUUAUUGGACUGCAUUGUAAAGGUGUUCAUGUUGGUGUGUCCGCGCUCUGUAGUGUAUUCCAAAUAAAGAACGGAGUAUUUUAUAGGAAUCAUGGUGAGUCACUGCUGUUUAAAGGCCACAAACAUCCGUUCGAACUUUAAGAGGAAAGGAUGCAAUUCCUUCCACCUUCCAGGACUUUUCUAAAUCUGGAAAAUAAAAGUUCUGCCAGUAAGGGAAUUAAACUAAAAUCUUCGGAGCUCUGCCCCCUUAUCUGAUGCAAUAGAUUUCGACAUACUCCUCCUGGUGUAUAUAUUAUCAACAGAUGGCAUCUGUCAUUUUAUUCCUGUUUAUGGCUGUCUCUGUUUCACAUUUUUAUCACUUUUUUGAUGUAAAUAAUUUUAGUCCAACAACUUAAGGUUUGCAAAGAAAAAAAAAAUGAGAAUGGAAAUGCAAAUGUGAAAUACCUGGUUAUCAAACUGUAUAUUAUAUAUAUGAAAAAAAUGUCUAUGAUGUAUUAAUAAAUUGACCAAAAAACA